AUGGCACCUCACGGGGCCCCCAGAGAGGCCCCUACAGAGGCCCCUACAGAGGCCCCUACAGAGGCCCCCACAGAGGCCAAACGGAGUCGGUCGGAGCAGAGGAAGCUCCGUUCCCGUGACGCCGCUCGCUGUAGGCGGAGUCAGGAGACAGAGGUGUUUUAUGAACUGGCCCACGCCCUGCCCCUCCCCCGCCGGGUCGCCACACACCUGGACAAGGCCGCCAUCAUCAGACUGACCCUGAGCUACCUGCGAGUGCGCCACCUGCUGGCCCCCGAGCCUGAGGACAGCCCGGGGGACAGCCCGGGGGACAGCCCGGGGGACAGCCCUGAGGACAGCCCUGAGGACAGUCUGGACCAGUUCUACCCACAGGUGCUGGGAGGAUUCAUCCUGGUGCUGAGUGAGGAAGGAGACAUCAUCUACCUGAGUGAGAACGUCAGCGCCCACAUCGGGAUCACACAGCUCGAGCUCCUGGGACAGAGUCUGUAUGAGUUUCUCCAUCCCUGCGACCAGGAGGAGCUGAGGGACCUGCUGACUGCUCGCUCUGCCUUCACCUCAGAUGCAGACCAUGGCUUUCUCUAA